CAUUCUUCCUACCGAAGCUAACGACAGGCACCCGAUUGUCCACCGGCAUCGAGAAAAGUGUGCACCGCUCCGACAACUGAUGGUAUAUAUGACAGUGGCCAGUGCUUACUUCAUUUCCCCAGACUCCGUUUAACUUGAGCCUGUACGCGGUUUUCAUUGCUUCCUUUCGAAUUUGAAGAUCUAGAGGUUGCAAUUUCAGAAUGGCAUUAAGGGCAUCACCAGAUGUCGUACUCAUGACACUUAUGAUACCCAAGCACACACUUCUCUGUAGCCUGUUUAGGGGUUUUACUCUGGAAUUAACCAUUGUGGCUUUCCACCCUACUACAGAGGCGUAUGUAAUAAUGGGUCUAAUUAUGGUGAUGUACAGCCAGCGUACUAUCGCCGGCCUUAGACCCCAUGUCUUGCCAAAGGUUCUCUUACACUGCCAGAAGACUUUUAAUGUUCGGCAGACCUUCUUAUCGAUGUGCUUCUUCCAGGUAAGCUUACUAUCUAGGAUUACUCCUAAAUAUUUAACCUCAGAAGACAGUUGCAGUGUUACCCCUUUCAAUGUGGGUAGUAAUAUUGCAUAUUGCGUUUCCUAGUAUAAUAACAAUAAAUCACCAAUCGAACUAUUUAAAUUUUCUCCAAAAAAAACUUAGUAGUUGAAAUGUUAAGAUUUACUAUCGCCAAAAUGCCCUUAAAACUAAUCAACGCCUACAUUAGUACUUAGAAACUUAGUUGAUUUAUCUGAAAAAUAGCUAUACACAUAUCUUAGAUUCCAAUUCCAUUUCAUCCAAAUUAGUUUCACAGUGUCGAGACGAACUAGAAUUCCUUGGUUAUUGGCUUCACAUUACUCUGAUAUGAAUUCCCGGACACAGGAAUAUAGAGGGCAAUGAGGAAACAGACGAGUUAGCAAGAAAAGGUUUGGCACUAGGCGUAGCAGAGUUGGUAGCAGUUGUUACUCCAUUCAAUACAAUAAAAACAUCCAUUGCGUCACACUACUAUGUUUUAGCCGAAAGAAGGUGGAAGCAAUUAACUACAUCUACUACAACAAGAAAAACAUGUCGGUCGUACAACAUCCAGAGAACGUAUUACAUGUUAGGAUGCUCUCGCUCAAGUACCUAUUUCACGUAUUACUGCAACCCUUAUAGGUCACUGGAAAGUAGGGGAUUAUGCAGCCAGACUCAAUUAUUCUUUCAAUCCCAUCUGCAGACGAUGUCAGGUGGAGUGGGUGAAAGAAAGUCGUUUCCACUAUUUAUGCGAAUGCUUAGACUUAGCCAGAACAAGAUAUCCCUCUUUCGGUAAACCUCUCCUACAACAAAUUAAUGAAAUCGGGGACAUAGAGAUGUAAUUACGAAAAUUCUCCUGGUACGCUCUUUCUUUUUGGCAAACGAUAUAUUGCAGACAAUUAACUAAAAUCAAGGUGAUUUAAUGCUAGCAAGCUUUGUUGAUCGAAGGAUAGAGUGGUCAGGAUUUCCCGCACAUUGUAAUAAGUUAAAUUUAACUCUUCACUGAUCUCACGUAGACUAGCACGACGGUCAAUGUUCAAAAAUUCACGAACCCGGUUCACAUCUUGGUCUGUUUGCGUCACCGAAGGCCUUCCAGAUCGCUGUUCGUCUUCGACGUCCUCCCGGCCUGCCUUGAACGACUUGUGCCACCGUUUUACCUGGGCACUGGACAGAGAUUGGUCCCCGUAAGCCUUAUUGAGUAGCCCAAUGGUUUCGGUUAGCUUUACGCAAAAUUCGACCGAGUAACGUUGCUCCAACGAUCGUUGCAUUUUCGCCACUGCAAAAUCCUAACACACUUUUAAAACAGUGACAUACAUAUGGGUUGUGUAUCAACACUUUCCGAAUAGCAAGAGAAACUGAAGGAACUGAAGGAAAAUUGAUACAUAUUGAUUCAAAUGAAUAUCAGCGAAAUAUCGGCGUAUUUCAAAUAAUAGGCAUCUGAAGCAUUUCAAAUCAAACCCAAUGGCCAUUAAAUAUCAACACCAAUAAAUUACUUAUUAGUUUAAGAUAACAAGUUUCAGAUUCAAAUUAACAUCCUUAAAAGAGCUCCUCCACAUAAGGGCUCAGAAUACUUCGCUAAUUGCGUUGCGGCCGCCUAGAUCGCGAAAUGUACCGCAACAAAGUGGGCGGAAGUGCUAUACUUUUGGCCAUGUUGGCCAUUAUUGUGUCCUGCCAAGCGGCAACACACGGCUCUGGUAUAUCGCCUCGAUAUGAUAAGUAUCUUGCCGCACAUUUCAUACCUACAAAAACUGUUGCUUUGAGUGAGUCAGAGGCCGAUUUGAAUUAUCGGCUGCCAAACACCACCGAACCACUGCACUAUGCCGUUGAACUGACAACGAAUGUGCACAAUGGCACGAAGAGAUUCACAGGCACUGUAAAAAUUCUAUUAGAAGUUAUCGACAACACAAAUACCAUAGUUUUGCAUGAACGUCAAUUGUCAGAAAUCAAAGCAACCAUUACAAACGCAAACUGCACGGAUCGUGUGGUAGAACAGCUAAGCACCUCGUAUGAGGAAGCACGUGAAUUUCUUAGUCUAACACCAACAAAUGAUUCACUCAUCUUUAGCAAAGGCACCUUUUGGGUUUUGACCAUCACCUAUGCUGGAGAAUUGCGUGUCGAUAAUUUGGGAUUUUACUUGUCCACCUAUACAGAUGAAAACGACAACACACAUUAUUUAGCAACGACACAAUUUGAGUCGAUCAAUGCUCGAUAUGCAUUCCCCUGCUACGAUGAACCAGCCAAGCGUGCUACAUUCACAAUCACUAUUAACCAUGAUCCCUCAUACAGUGCCAUAUCAAAUAUGCCUCUGGACGAGGAGAUGAGCAGACCUGGAUAUUCUGUCUUCCAAAAGACUCCUAGUAUGUCAACUUAUUUAGUAGCGUUUGUUGUGUCCGAUUUCGAAUAUACUGAAGGAGUGUUGAACUCGAUUCCACAAAGAGUUUACACCCGUCCAGGUACAAAGCAGAAUCAGCAAUUGGCAUUGGUUUCCGGAAUGCUGUUUCUGCAAAACCUUGCUGAAUACUACAAUUUCGAUUUCGUACUGCCGAAACUCUAUCAAGUUGGUGUGCCUGAUUUUGCAGCUGGUGCCAUGGAAAACUGGGGCUUAGCAACGUAUCGAGAACAGUAUAUGAUCUACAACAAGACGACAUCGACAAAAAGUUCACAAAUAUAUGACGACAAUAUCAUUGCCCACGAAUACUGCCAUCAAUGGUUUGGAAACUUAGUAACUAUCAAAUGGUGGACGUAUCUUUGGCUGAAAGAAGGUUUUGCUAACUUCUUCGCUUGGAAGACGAUAGAUGCGACAUAUCCUGACUGGGACGUCUAUCAGAUGUUCCUUAUCGACGACUUUCAAGUUGCACUCGCUGCAGAUGAUUCAGGCCAAUCAAAUCCAAUGACGCAUUACGUGCAAACUCCAUCCGAGAUCUCUGCACGAUACGAUUCUAUUUCGUAUUCGAAAGCAGCCUCGGUACUGUAUAUGUGGCAGUGUGUGCUGACCGACGAGGUGUUCCGCCAAGGACUAAAUCUUUAUUUGACUACAAAUCAGUAUACUGCUGCUGACGAGUGGCAACUUUUCGACGCUCUUAGUAAUGCUGCUGAUGCACAAAACGUGUCACUUCCUGCGACUAUGGCGGCUAUGUUCUCAAGUUGGUCUCAACAAUCCGGUUACCCUCUACUCACCGUUACACGUAAUUACAACAAUAACACAUUCACCAUAACCCAAGAUGCUUUCUUCUCAAACAAAAAUCUAACAUCUGACAAAACUUGGUACAUCCCCUUGAAUUAUGCCCACAAAUCAAAUCCAGACUACCGUAACACCACCGCAUCGCAUUUUAUGCUCAGAACGAAAGAAAUCGAAAUCAGCGAUAAUAGUCUAGCAGCUGAUGAUUGGUUGAUUCUCAAUAAACAAUCGACCGGUUUCUAUCGCAUCAAUUACGAUGAACAAAACUGGAAUCUUAUCAUUGAUGAGCUGAAAUCACGACCAUACAAAUUCCAUUCACGCAAUCGUGCUCAACUAAUUAACGACCUCUACCAGUACACUUCUACAGAUCGCAUCGACUACAGCAUGCUAUUUAAUUUAUUGCAAUAUCUGCCGAACGAGGAUCAGUACGCACCUUGGGCUACGAGCUACUCUGUAAUUCUUACAUUGAAAGUGUAUCUGAAUAGUGAUAAGGAAUAUAAAAAUUUCUUACUCUACGUAGCCUCAUUGGUGACAGGACAUUUUGAGAAGUUGGGUAUGAAUGAUGUAUCUGGAGCACAGCGUCUUACCGUGCAAGUACGUAACAUCGUCAUUGAACUCGCUUGCUUGUCAGGAAUUGAGAGCUGUCUGACGGAGACGAGUAACAAAUUAAAGGAAAUAGUGAACAAUGGUAUCACCAUCGAACCAAGCUUACGAUGGAAUGUAUACUGUUACGGCCUACGUCAGUCCGGUGAUACAGAAUUCGAUUUUGUCUAUAACCAAAUAUUGCAAUCCCGUGAUCAAGCGUUUCGUGACUCACUCACCUCUACAUUGGGUUGUUCGCAAACCGAGUCUCAACUACAAAAAUUUGUGAGUAGCUCAAUCAAUAUGUCCGUCGAAUGGCGAUCCCAAGAGCGCAUCACCUUACUCGGUGCAGCGUAUUCGAGCAGCAGUGUUGGACUCUUAGUGUGUAUUGAAUUUCUCAACGAAAAUUGGGAGGCAUACAGUAAUUUAAAUCCGGAAUUCACCAGAGUCAACCCACUUUAUCAAGCAAUGGUUGACAUGUCCACCUACAUAUUUAACAAUGAACAAGAAACUAAAUAUUUGGCGUUACUGGAUAAGGUAAAGGGCAGCGAUAAGCUGUCAAACGAUUUGGAGACUGUCGCCAAAGCAAAUAUUCAAUCUAAUUUUGACUGGCUGAACGAAUAUCGUGAUCCGAUUAUGUUGUGGAUGAAAAAGUUCGCCCAGGGUGGCAGUGCUGCACUCUAAGGCGAAUGGUUGCGGAAAUAUCGGUAUUAAUGAAUAUAUAAGUAGUAAAUGAGGCAGUGCUGCUGGUAUUCCUAUAGUUCUUUAAACCAUAUGAAAUCGAUAAAUGUAUGUAAUUUGCACUAUAAGUAAAUAAAUAUCAUAAAUAGCAGAAUUUAAA